AUUCGCCAUCCCACGCGCAACAGCACGCGCCACCUCCCUCCAACCAACCGAAAACUGAAAAAAUGGCGCCACGCCAGUCGCGCACCACCUCUCUGCUCGCGGUGCCGGCUGCCGCCGCCGGCUCUGUGCUGCUCCUCCUCCUUGCCUUCACGUGCCUCGCGCCGCCGCUGCUGCUGACGCCGCCAGUCGCCCACGCCGCCGGCCGCGGCCUGGCUCAGCUUCCCGGCUUCGGCUUUGGCUCCGGCUCCGCCGCCGGCGCCAAUGCCGGCGCCAACGCCGGCGCAGCCUCCGGCGGAAACAACUUCCUGCCUGGCGUCGGCACCGGCUUCGGCGGAGCCCAGUCGGGGGCCCAAGCGGCCGCCGGCGCGCAGGCGGCGUCUUUCGGCGGCGCCAAUUUUGGAAACCUGGGCAACCUCGUCAACGGCGCCAAUGCGGGAGCGGGCGCCAACGCGGGCGCGGCUGCUGGCGGCGUGGGAGGCAUCGGAGGCUUCGGCGGCGGCGGCUCCUCAGCCAGCGCGCAGGCGGCCGCUGAGGCCUUUGCACAGUCCAACGCCGGCCGCUUCGGCCUCCUGUCUGGCAGCGGCGGCGGCGGCGGCGGCAGCGGCGCGCAGUGCCUGGCGCAGGCGGCGUCCGACUCCAACGCAUUUUCCCUGGGUGGCGGCGGCGGCGGCAGCAGCAGCAACGCACAGGCUGGCGCCAACAGUGCGGCGGUGGGCGGCGCGGGGCUGAGCUCUCUGGCCGGCUGCGGCGCACAGGCCUCCGCCACCUCCUCCGCCCUCAGCUGCAGGCGCUUCACGGUGCCUCGCGCCUGCGAGCUGUGUGACCUGGCUCCGCAGUUCGGCACCAGCUGCGAGGGGCUGCGGCUGGUCAACCCCGGCGCGGGGGCACUGCAGGCGGGGCAGGGCAUCAACGUGCCGCCAUGCAGCCUGUAGGGCGUGGGCGUGGAGGGGGGUUCGUCUGGUAGUGGUGGUGGUGGUGGUGGCCUAGUGUUAAUGAGCACAAGGGAAAAUAAUACGCGCUGGUUUAGUGUGUAUGUGUGGGAGUAGCACUGGCUUGGUUGUGGGGCCUAGAUGAGGUCUAUGAUGGGCCGUAGUGCUGAAUUGUGGGGGCGCUGCGUGUGGGGGUGGGAUUGAUAUUGGGGUUGGCGUUUGGGGCUAUAUGCGUGUCUCUGUGUGGGGCGUGUAUGAGACGUGUGCGUGUGUGUGUGUUUGUGUGUGUGUGUGUUUGUGUGUGUGCGUGUGCGUGUGUGUGUGCGCGUGUGUGUAUGCCGCUCCAGGGCUUGCAUCUUCCAGGGGCAAAACGCUGUGUGCCGCUGGAGAGGAGGGCCCGACACGAUAGCCGGCAUCACAGGAUUCGCGGGCAUGCGGGCUUGCGGUUGACCGUUGGGCAAUUGAUGGAAUCUGGUUGCAAGCUACCUAUUCAGACAUCCGCAAGAGAUGGAGCACAUGGCGCAGCCAGCGGGCGGUACGAGAUAGUAAAGUCUAGGAACGGGUUGGGGGAUCAGGCCGUACGAAUGAGAUGUAGGAAUAACAAUUGUUGGUGUGCUAGCUCAUGUGCAUGAUGACAGCUGGCAAGUAAGCAUAUAGAAGCAAGCAUCACGAAGUUUCGAGCGAGCUGCCUUGUUUUGCACGGGCAAGGUCGGACAUCGGAGUACGGUACCCCAAUCAGGCCCCGCGUGGCCCCGGCCAUCGCAUUUGCGCAGAGGUGCAUUUGCACAGGGAGGUUGUAGCCGUCCCCACAGGU